UGUUUUAUUUGCUACACCAGUAUACAGGAAGCAAUAAAUGCUUGGGACAAAGUGAAUUGGAAAGUCAAUUGUCUUCCUGAACAACAAUUGUUUUUUUUGAUUUAUACUGUAUCAGUCCCAAAAUUAAUAGAAACGUCAACUUCAUCCCCUUCUGGUUUAGAAAUUAUUGACAAUUUCAUUACAGAAGAAGAAGAACAUUUUAUGUUACAAUAUUUAAAAAAACAUUGGUCCGAAUCAAGUUCAAUGAAGCAUCGUCAAGUAAAACAUUAUGGAUAUGAAUUUGAUUAUGACAAUAAUGGAGUUCGAUAUGAUUCAUGUGAUCCAAUUCCUAAAGAAUUUGAAUUUAUUUUAAAUGCUAUUUAUUUGCGUUUAAAAUGGCAACCCAAUCAAAUAACUGUUAAUAAAUAUUUACCUGGACAAGGAAUUCCAAGUCAUAUAGAUACUCAUGGUGUUUUUGACGAAUAUAUUUUGUCUCUGUCAUUAAAUUCUGAUAUUAUAAUGGAAUUCAGAAAAGGAAACUAUCAUAAUAGUAUUUUGCUAAAGGCAAAAUCUCUUUUAAUUAUGUCUGGUGAAUCAAGGUUUGAAUGGAGUCAUGGCAUAACACCCAGAAAAUUUGAUAUGAUUAACACGGCAGAUGGUCCUGAUAUUAUUUGUCGUGGAACUAGAAUUUCUGUAACAUUUAGACGAGUAGUUCAGAAUUAUGAAAACAUUGAGGUUAAAAGAAAUUUAUAUGAAAUAUUAGGUUGUGAUAAAACCACACCUUUUGAAACAUUAAAGGAUAAUUAUAGAAAAUUACUUGUUAAGCUUCAUCCAGAUAAAAGUAUUUUGUCAUCAACAACAGCUGCUUGUGCCGAAUUGAAUAAAGCAUGGAGUGUUCUUAAAGAUCCCGAAUUAAAAAAAACAUAUGAUGAGCAAAUUGAACAAUGUGAUAUUGAUACAGAAGUAACAAUCUUUGAAACUCUAAAUAUUAGUGAUUUAGAAAAUAAUGAAUCAGAAGAAACAUUUUCCUACAGAUGCCGUUGUGGAGGCAUGUUUUUAGUACCUAAGUCAAUGGUUGAUCAGAUAGAACCAUUAUUGUUUCCUUGUGAUGAUUGUUCUUUAUUUAUUAAGAUUAUGUUACCAAACACUAAUGUUUCUUAAUAAAAAAAAAACUACCUAAAACGAAUCAAUUAAUAAAUCGGGAGAUAGUUUCUGUGUAUAUUUUUGUAUAUUAUGUAUAAAUAAAUGACAAGUAAUCAUAUUAAGAA